AUGAAUUCACUUGUUUCUCGGUUUGCUAGCUCAAGUUCUAUCACAAAGAAGGACCUAGAAUGCGAAGAUAUUGAGGAUGUAGGCGAUACUAUGUGGGGUUCUGCGGGUGGAUUUGCCGUUGGGACUUCGGGCGUCCCGUCGUUUAAUAUUCCGCGCGUCCCAGACCCCACUGCUUUCUUGAGACUGCACACCGAUGACCAUGCAGAUCCAAGCUGUCGUAUCAAGAUCCAGCACGGAACCACCACACUUGCAUUCCGUUUCAAAGGUGGAAUUAUUGUCGCUGUCGACUCCCGGGCAACGGCUGGUUCAUAUAUCGCGUCCGGAACGGUGAAGAAGGUUAUCGAGAUUAACAAGUACUUGCUUGGAACUAUGGCUGGUGGCGCAGCCGACUGUCAAUACUGGGAAACCUACCUCGGUAUUCAGUGCAGGCUUCACGAACUUCGAAACCGGGAGCGUAUCUCUGUUGCUGCCGCAAGCAAGUACCUCAGCAACUUGGUCUAUAGCUACAAAGGGAUGGGCCUCAGUAUGGGUACGAUGAUUGCUGGUUGGGACAAGACUGGCCCUGCUCUGUUCUAUGUAGACUCUGAUGGAACUCGACUCAAAGGAGAUCUUUUCUCCGUCGGUUCUGGUAGCACAUUCGCUUAUGGUGUACUCGACCAAGGUUAUCACUGGGACCUUUCCGACGAGGAAGCCCAAGAACUGGGUCGCCGUAGCAUCUACGCCGCUGGUCAUCGCGAUGCAUUUUCCGGAAAUACUAUCAAUCUGUACCAUGUCAAGGAACAUGGUUGGGACUUUAUUGGAAACUACGACGUUACGAAGCUACAUUACGAUGGCCCAGGGCAAAUACCUGGUGCAGUUGCCGGUGGUUAUGGAUACGAUGCACGGACCCAGAUUGCUCCCGCAGCUUAA